AUGCCUGGCGCCGGACUCCAAGCGCCGAACACGGCGUACUGGGAGAUGAGCACAGCUACAGGCACAGAGCGCACUUCAGGAUCCCCCUCACGCUACAUGAUGUACCGGGCCGAGGCCGAGCACGCUCAGCUCCUCGCCCACCAGUCCCAGCAGGCGGCGUCGCAGUUCUUUGGCACGCCGCAGGCACCCAUGUACCCUUACGGCAUGCCGAUGCACCCCGAGGUGACACAGCACCUCCAGCGCAUGGGCAACACGAACGGCUUUCCAAUGAUGCCAUUUCCAAGCUACCCCAUGCUCGACCAGACGCAGCUUCCCCUGAUGAUGCAGAUGCCGCAGGCUGGCGUGGGGUACGUGCAUGCCGAAGAGCAUGCAGGCAUGCUGCCUAUGGACGCUGACCGCCCGGACGCGGUAUUUGACGAUGCGUGGGAACGCCUGCGCAGCGAGGAGCCCGACCACGGCCGCGACGCCAACAUGGACGAGCUGCUGGCGCUCUCCCGCCAGGCCCAGCUCGAGGCGGGCGGCAACUUGAACCUGUUUGUGUGCCCUCACUGCGAGAAGCGGUACGUUGGAAAGCAUGCACGCAGCAUCUGGCGCCGCCACCUCCAAGAUAAACACAACAUCCCCCUCAGCGUCCAGCCCCGGCGCACACGCUGGGACCGCGAUGCAAACCGGCCGCGCAACGCCGAGGAGCGCCGCGAGCGCAUGCUCGAGAGCAAGCGCCGCUGGGCACGGAAAAAGCGCGAGCAGGACCGCCGCCUGGCCCAUGGCGACCUCGAUCCGGAGCAGGCGUCCGCCGCCUCGGACACGCCCGCGCCCGAAGAGGUGCCCAUGCCCCGGCCCGCGUCGCCCAAGGCGCUGCCGACACCAAAGCGCCCCGCGCUUGCCGUGCGCGACACCAACGUACGCCCGACGCGCCUCGAGCUCGCCAAGUCGCCGCUCGUGGAAAAGGCGCCGGCGCCGGUGCUGCACUCGACGCCGCUGCGCGAGUGGCCGGCGAAUGCGCUCGCCGCGAGCCCCGAGAAUACGCUCGAGCCCAAGAAGCGCGUGGCUGCGCCUGCGUCGCUCACCAAGCGCAGUGCGCUGGACCGUGCUGCGCUUGCGUCCUUCUCGCGCGUAGAUCCCUCGCCGCGGGUCUUUACACACAGCGCGUCGAAGCGCGACGCGCGCCUUGCGUACAGCGACCUGCUAGGCAGCCCCACCGCGCCGUCGAUGAAGCGCUCCAACGACCAAUUCUCGAGCCCGCAGCACCUGAACCUCACUCACUCGCUUGGCCUUGCGCCGCACUCUGCGUCGAAGAACGGAGGGAUGUCGUCGAUGUACUCGGGCAUCAGCCUGACGCCGAUGCAGGGCGGCAUUACGCCGUACACCAAGGGGCCGCUCGGCCUCACGCCGACGAUUGGCGGCCUGCUGCGCGGCGACAUGAUGCCGAAUGUCGGCGCGUCAAACGUCGGCGACCUGUCCUUGUCGAGCUACGUAAACUACACGGCGCUCGACACGCCGUCGGUGGACAUUGCCCGCAGCGCACGCCGCCGCGCGCGGCACGCAGACGCCUCGUUCCACUCCAGCUCGGAGCGGGAAGAAGAGGACUUGGACCAGGAACACGACCAACGCAACGCCUCCCCGUCGAUUCGGAGCCGAGUACGCGCGUCGUCCAAGCCCCUUGCCCACGACACGCCUUCCAAGAUGCCCCCGAUGCUCCGCGCAUCCAAGCUCCCGACGCCCCGCAGCCCGUGGCAGCGGACGCCCCACGCUCGCCGCUUCCGGCGCCUGUGCCUAGACUUGCGGGGUGCCGACGCGUUCCUCGCGGGGCACCUCGCACACGCAGUGCAUGUUGAGCGCGUAGCAGGGCUCAGGGCGCGGUUUAGCACGUUGCCGGCGCGCAACACGCCGUUCCUCGUAGUGUGCGAAGCAGAGAACCUCGUCCAGGUAGCCGCGCUCUUUGUCCCGCCCGAGCGCUGGAAAGUGACCGUGCUGGGCGUCGAUGCAAUCGAGGUGCCGCCGUGUGCGCAUCCGUGCUUUGCGCUGCCCACGCACGAGCUCGAGACAUGGGCGCGGUCCAUGCAGCUCUGGCGCACCGAAAGCGAGCGCCAAUGUCACGACGACGCGCCGCACCUACUCUUUUCGCCGGCACCGGUCGUCGCGCGCGCGCUCGAUGCGUGGAAGGCGCCGCACGAUGCGACAAUCCUCGAUGUGGGGUGCGGCGCAGGCCGCGACGUGACCUUUUUGCUCACCGAGGCACGGAGCCGCGAUGCACCCUGGCGCGCCACGCUCCUCGACCGCUGGAAGGCGGCGCUGCAGCGCGCGGCGAUCCUCCUCGACGAUAACCGCUUGCUGGGCCAGGCAGAAAAAGACAUGCGCGGCCUCGAGGGCCCCGCACCGGACGCCGGCCCCUUUGCCGAGGCCAUUCUCCCUUUCACGAUCCUCGACGACGGCCGCAUCCAGCACGACACGGCGGUGCCGUGGUCGUCGCUGCUACUGCCGCACUCCGCCUACGACCUCAUCCUCCUGAUCCGGUUCUGGCACCGACCUUUUCUCGAGGCGCUUCCCGCACGCACCGCACCCGGCACGCUCGUCGUGCUGAGCCACUUUGUGCACGAGCCCCAGAACGUCGACGCGGAGCACUGCGGCACGUUUCUCGGCACGUACGACUCGCCGCCGCCGCCCGCGCGCAUCCAACCCGGCGAUAUCGAGUCGCUACUCUCGCUAUGGAACGAAUCCGGGACGUGGAUCGUCGUGCAGAACCGCAUCGAGCCCAUCGAGGACCAGCGGCCAGUCCAGAGCGUCCUGGCGCAGCGCACGGCCUAA